GCACAAUGUCUGUGGACGACAACACGCCGUCUGCAGGCGACAACUCGCCGGUGCAGGACUUCUACCGGGACUGCGGGGUGCUGGUGACGGGCGGGACAGGAUUCCUGGGCAAGCUCGUCAUAGAGAAGAUCCUGCGAUGCUGUCCUGCCGCCAGGACCGUGUACGUGCUGAUACGACCGAAGAAAGGCGUGUCGGCGGAGGACAGGAGGAAGGCGCUAAUGGACAAUGAGGUGUUCGAGCGCAUGAAGAGCGAGCAGCCCGACUGGCAGAGCAGGCUCGUGUUCGUGUCUGGAGACUGCUCGCAGCCUCGCCUGGGGCUGAGCGACACUGACUACCAUCACCUCACUCAACACGUCAACAUCGUGCUGCAUCUGGCCGCCACCGUCAGGUUCGACGAGACCUUGAAGGUGGCGAUCGCCAUCAACGUGAAGGGAACAGAAGAGUUCAUCCGGCUCUGCCGGGACUGUGUUCAUCUGAAGUCUGCUGUGUAUGUGUCGACUGCUUAUUCAAACUGCAUCCAUCGGGUGGUGAGAGAGGAAAUUUACAGCCCACCCAUGGCAUUGGAUCACUUGUUCAUGCUGAUGGACAGGUUUACUGAACGUGAAAUUGCCUUGCUGCUUCCAAAGAUAACAGGUGGUUGGCCAAAUACUUACACAUUUUCUAAAGCAAUGUCUGAGAACUUGAUAUCUACUCAGGCAAGAGAUUUACCCGUGGCUAUCGUUCGGCCAUCAAUGGUCAUAUCAGCGGUCGCUGAACCGAUCCCCGGCUGGUUGGAAAAUGUGUACGGUCCAAUUGGCAUCGCCUUGGGAGGAGGCACUGGCGUCUUGCACGUGUGUUUCGCCGACGAAGAAAAAGUGCUGGACACUGUCCCAGCAGAUAUGGUUUCCAACUGCAUUAUAGCGGCGGCUUUUGCGACGGGUGAAAGGGAAGAAGGUGGAAUUGAUGUUUAUAACAUAUCCAUGGCAAAAAACGGCACAGAUACCUUACGGCAGGAAAUUGAAAACCUAAAACCUGCGAUUGCCAAAUUUCCAUUUAACACAUCGAUUUGGUACCCAGUUUAUUUUUUUACUUCAAAUUACUGCAUAUACAUGGUUUUGGCCUUUUUAUUGCAUUUCCUGCCAGGAUUACUACUGGACUUCGGCCUCCGCUGGAAGGGAAAGCCUCCAAUGAUGCUGAGAAUUUACAGGAAGUUACAAAAAGUCGCCAUGAUUACAAAUUACUUCUCAUUAAAAGAAUGGAAGUUUGUUGACGAUAACACAAGACAUCUUUACGAGAAACUUGAAAAUAGAGACAAAAAAAUAUUUUACUUUGAUACUCAACAGAGAAUCGAUCUACAAUAUAGUUUUGAUUCUGUUCUUGGAGCAAGAAAAUAUCUACUCAAUGAAUCUCUUGAUACACUGAAAAACGCCAGGUCACGCUUUCAUAGGUUUUAUUUAGCCAAUACAGCAUUGAAAAUUAUAUGGUAUAGUAUGGUUCUCUGGAUAACAUUUGGGCUCCUGAAGUUCAUGGUUAAAUUUUUAAAUAAUUUCUAGUAGUAAGUGUUAAAUGUAAUACGUGUGGUAUGUGCCCUUAUAAUGUUGCUUAAUAUAUAUGUAAUCAGUUUUUUUAAAAAAUUUCUACCAAUAAAUUUAUUUUUAUAUUCCAUGUUUUACUUUCCUGUAUUUAUAAUAAUAUUAGAGAACUUUUUUGAAUGCCUUACAUUAAAACUACCUAUAUUGACGAAACAACUAUGAAACAAAUGCAUCGCAGUUGAAAUGCCAUGAGUAAAAGCUAUGAGCUUUAAAGCUGCGACAGAAAUAAUGAACACGAAAAUUUAUACUAUGGAUACAAGGAUACGUAAAAAUUACAAUAUUUUGGUUUUACCUAUAGUAUUAAUGUAAGUUGGGCAAACUCUGACAUCAAAUUCGUUUGCCAAAAUGUAAUAAAUAGCGAGUACUGAUUAAGUUUUAUUAUCCUGAGUAAUUAAUUGCUUAACAUGCUUAUGAAAAAUAUACAUUUAUUGUAAAAAUGCAUCUUAAGUCACAAUAAAAAUAACUAUUUUUGGUAAAAAA